AUGAGCAUCGAUAUGACGGGCGGCGCCGCCCCCACAGACGACGACUUUACCAAACUGCCAAUACACGACCGUCUCGCUUCCAAGCUAUGGAAGGCGCGUGUCUCCGCAUACGAAGAACUCUCCAAAGCUUUCCCCAACACUUCGUCCGAAGACGACCCUAUCUUUCGUCAAUAUACCCGCAAUCCGGACAUUCUCAAAUCCAUCGUGGUUGAUACCAAUGCCGUUGCACAGGAAAAGGGCGUCGAUGCUGUACGUGCUUUCGUCGAAUUCGGCGCAAAGCCCGCCGGCAGCACCAGAGAGCUGGUAGUCCCUGCUCUCGUCGAAAAGUGUCUUGGCUCGACGCGGGCUGGUACAAAAAACAAUGCGCUCCAACUUAUCUCGUUCUACGCGGAGAUGGAGGAUGUGCUGGGCUGCGAGCCACUCCUCGCCGACCUCCUUGACGGCCUCAAAGCAAAGCAACCCAAAGUCGUCGCUGGCUGCGUCACCGCCAUCAUGCAUCUCGUUCGCGACUUUGGUCACAAGCAAGUCUCACCCAAACCCAUCCUUCAGCGCUUACCCGACAUGUUUGCACACUCGGACAAGAACGUCCGUGCAGAGGCUUCCCUUUUGGCGCUCCAACUUCACAGAUACAUCGGUGCAGCACUCGAACCCACCAUCGACACGCUCAAAGACAUUCAGGCCAAGGAGCUUCGCCAGCAGUUUGCCGAAAUCGACGCAGCAGCUGCAUCCAAGCCCCUCCCCACCCGCUUCCUGCUUAGCCAGCGCGAAAAAUUGCAAGCUGCAGCCGCUCCCAUCUCACAACCAGGUACAGAUGCCGCCGCCUCCAUUUCCGCCGCGCAGCAAGACCACCGCGACGAUGAUGACGACGACGUGGAUCCGUACGACCUGGCAGAGCCGGUCAACGUGUUCGGCAGCCGUGACUAUCCAGCAGACUUUGAAGAGAUGAUUGUCUCAAAAAAGUGGCAGGAGCGCAAAGAGACGCUCGAAACCAUCCUCAAGAUUCUCAGCUCAUCGCCAAAAAUUCAGCCCGACAAUCGCUUCGACGGCCUUGUCGACCAUCUUGCACUCAAAAUCAGCAAGGACGCCAACAUCAACGUUGUCCUCGUCUCCUGCCAGUGUCUCAACGCCAUGGCCAAAGGUCUCCGCGAUAACUUUGCCCGUUACAAGGACAAGGUCGUACCGCCCAUUAUUGAAAAGCUCAAGGAAAAGAAGCCCGCCACCGUCGAAGUGCUUGCAAAGGCCUUGGAUGCUAUCUUUCAGACCGUUUCCUUUUCCGAAAUUCUCGAGCACAUUUUUACCGGCAUCAAGCACAAGAAUCCUGCUGUCAAGACCGAGUCCAUCCGCUUCCUCGUCCGCUGCCUUCGCACCACCAAGCUCGCCCCCGCCAAAGCUGAUAUCAAACCCAUCGGUGAUGCCCUCGUCGUCGCCAUGGCCGAUGGCUCUCCCGACGUACGUGAUGCCGGAGCUGCCGGUCUUGGCACUCUGAUGAAGCUCAUCGGCGAGCGACCCAUGAACAUCUUCCUUGAUGGCCUCGAUGACAUCAAGAAGGCCAAAAUUCAGGACGAGUGCAAUACUGCAGAGGUCAAGGUCAAGAUGGGCGCAGGUGCAGGGGCUCGUCCACCUUUGUCGAGCGCUGCUCGACCAACAGCACCGAUACCAGCUUCUGCCCCUUCAGCGGUCACCAAUCGCGCAGCUCCACCAGCCGCUGUUCGUGCCAAGCCACCAUCGGCCACCCAAGCUAUGGCUACAGGCAAAGAGAACCAAGCACCAAGGCCCGUUGCGCGUCCUACGCCAAGCAUGGCAGCUCGUCCAAUAGGCACCCGGCCCGCUGCUGCCACAUCCUCCGCUGUAUCGAGUGCACCUGCACCUGCACGCAAAGCAACACCAGCAGCAGCAGCAGGUAGCAGCAAGGUAGCUGCUUCCGCCACUGAGCCAGUCAAGUACCGCUUCCAUCCCGACGAUGCUGAAGCACGUGCAGCUGACCUGAUUCCGGCAGCCAUUGCAACCCAACUGGCCAGCAGUGCGUGGAAGGAGCGUCUCGCAGGCAUGACCCAGUUCAACGAUUGGCUCAAGGUCGAGGCCGAGUCCGUCGAGUCCGAAAUCAUUGUUCGUGCUCUAGGCAAGAAGCCAGGCUGGAAGGAGAGCAACUUCCAGGUCAUGGCCGAGGUCUACAAGGCACUCCAAUUGCUGGCCAACGACUGUCCCACGUUUAGUCGUCCCUCGGUUGCGCUUUCAGUGCAGCCCCUUUGCGACAAGCUGGGUGACAUCAAGCUCAAGACCCCUGCUGGCGAGACCCUCGUAACCUUUGCCGAAAAGACUUCCUUCGGCUUCCUACUGGCACAAGCGCUCGGUCCGCUCGGAUCUCUCAAGGCACCCAAGGCGAUUGCCGACUCGGUCUUGUGGGUCGACCAGACGCUGCUGGAGUUUGGUACCGCCGGCGUUGACGUGCGUUCUCUGAUCGACUAUCUUAUCACCUGCCUCAAGUCGGCCAACGCAGCUGUGCGUAUCAAUGCUACCAAGGCCAUCGGUACGCUCGCUCGCUUCCUCGGUACCGCUCUCAACUCGUUCCUGGCUGAUCUCAAUCCACAACUCCGCACCACUAUCGAAGCAGAGAUCGAAAAGGCUGCAUCCAACCCGCCGCCAGCCCCUGUGCGAUUCAGCGACGAGACCAAAGCGCCUGCUGGUAAGGCUGCUGUAGCAGGCGGAGAAGACGCCGCUGGACCUGCAGCGCAGGACAAUGCCGCUGAUGAAGACAUGCUCGACCAGCUCGUUCCGCGUGUCGACCUCGAUCGUCUCGUUUCCGCCGCCGCUAUCGCUCGUAUGGGCGACGCUAACUGGAAGGAACGUAAAGAGGGCCUUGAAGAAGUGCUAGCCGUCGUCAACGCCAACAGUCGUUUGAAGGGUAACAUGGCCGAGCUCGCCAAUGCGCUCAAAAUGAGAUGUUCCGACAGCAAUAUCAUGUGCAAGUCGAUGGCACUCGAUGCGAUUGCCAAAAUCGCCACCGCCAUGAACAAGCAUUUCGAACCGCAGGCUCGCAUCCUAGCCGGCCCCGUCACGCAGGUGCUUGCUGAUGCAAAGGCCCCCGUUAGAGCGUCCGCCACCACAGCUUUGACCGCAAUCGCUGAGCAGGUCGGCGCUGGUCCUCUGCUGCCCGGCAUGAGCACCGUUGUCGAGGGAAAAACGGCUAAUCCCAUGCUCAAGCAGGAGCUCUUCGGUUGGUUGGCCGCCUGGUUUGAGUUACAUCCACCAGAAAAGGGCAUGGACCUUGCGCCGCUCGCUCUUCCAUGCGUGCAGUGCCUCGACGACAAGCUUGCAGCCGUCCGCAAAGCUUCCUUGGCAUGCUUGCCGCACAUCAUCACGCGUGCUGGCUACAAGCAUGUCAUGGAGCAGGCUAACCAGCUCAAGACAGCUUCCAAAAAUACGGCUAUCCCGCUCAUCGACGCGGCCAAAAUACAAGCUCAAAAUUCUGCUCGAGCCGCUGGGGCAACUGCAACAGCCGCUCCAGCAGCUACUGCUACUGUGCCUGCCCCUACUGCUCGUGUAGCCGCCGUUAGUGCAAGAACUGCUACAGCUUCACCGGCCAGAGCAGCAGGCGUUGGCUCAACCUCAUCUGUUGCACCUGCCACCUCCUCGCCACGCACUUCGGCUAUCGCUCGCCCAGGCGGGAUCAAGCCCCCUUCGGCUGUGGGUCGAUCGCUCAAGGCGCCAUCCUCGAUCAUCGCCCGCCAAGCUCGCCUCGCUUCUGACAGCAGCAAUGGGGCUGUUCCUUCGCGCAACGCCCUGGCAUCUGCGAAUGGUGCGGCUAGCCAAGGAGCUGGUCCUGGUGGCGCCAUGGAAGGUUCCGCCCCGCUCAUCUCGGCUGACACCAAGGCUAAGGCUUUGCGAGAAAAGCGCGAAGGCAAAGCUGCCAACUGGAUCGGUGCUGACGGUGCGCCUCGACCUGAGCUCGUCGAGGUUCUUCGCCAACAGUGCGAUGGCCAGCUCAGCCGUGGUAUCACUGACUCGAUGUUCAGCAAGAGCCACUCGUCAGAGAAGGACUAUUAUGCCGCCUUGACCCUGCUCUCCGACUUUAUCUCGAGCCCAACUUUUGCAGAAGAGCAGUAUGGCCUCUCUCGCCAAGAGACAAUCGAACGAACGCUCGCCAACUCGGAUCUGAUCUUCAAGUAUGUUUCGAUCCGACUCACGGACAACAACACGAGUCUUUCGCUCAAGUGUCUCGACAUUCUCGAGCACCUGGUGGCGCUGCUCAGCGAGCAGCAGUACCACAUGAGUGACUAUGAAGCUGCCUGUAUCCUGCCGUGUCUCACUGCCAAGUUUGGCGACGCCAAAGUUGCAUUCCGCGACCGCAUCCGAGAGAUCUUCCGCAAGAUGACGUUCAUCUUCCCGCCAAGCAAGCUGCUCACAAGCUACCUCGAAAACGGUCUGCCGUCUAAAAACGCGCGCGUUCGCACCGAAUGCCUGAGCGAGGUUGGCUACUUGUUUUCCAAAAACGGACUGCAAGUGUGCUCGCCAUCGCGAACGCUCCCUGUGAUCGCCAAACAGAUCAGUGAUCGUGACGCCAAUGUGCGUACUGCCGCUCUUUCGGCGAUUGGCGAGGUGUACAAGAUCAUUGGCGAUGAGGUCUACAAGCUGGUGGGUGCGCUGCCAGGUAAGGAGAUGUCGAUGCUGGAAGAGAGGCUCAAGCGAACAACGGCUCCACCGGCGUCGGUCGCUGUGGCGGUGGCAAAAUCAGCGGGUGCUGCAAGCACCGCUGGCCGUGCUGGUCCGCGCGCAUCAGUUGUACCAUCGUCAGCGCCAGGCCCCUCGUCUCCAGGCCGCCUCUCGGCUGGUGCACCGUCGUCGCGUCUGGCGCGACCAGGUUCGGCUCUGCAGCAGCCAGCAGCUCCUUCCGCCGGCGUAAGGAGCCGUCUCGCGGCACCAGGCGCUGCCCGUCGUGAAUCUGCGAUCGGCUUGCCUCGAGCUGCUAAGCCACCAAGCGUUGCCUCACCUCGAGCUUCAAUGUUGAGGGCACCUAGUGAGGCUGCUGCUCGUGCGACUAGCAUUAUCGCUCCCGGGCGCAACAAAGUGCUGGCCGACGAGUUGCCCGAGGAGGAAGAUGAAGAGUUGUCAGUCGACCAAGCCAUCAAUCUGGUAGUGAAUGACAACUUCGAGCAGAGCGUAUUCGCGAUCAAGCACGUCGAAGCCUUCAUUCAGGAAGAAGAGCCCCAGCUGAUUUCGUACGUCGAUCAAAUUGCCAUUGUGCUCAGCAAGCAGAUGCAAAAAGCCUUUUCUCUUGACCCGAGCGACUUAGGGAACGAGCGACUCAGGAAGCAUCUGCUUGUGGCCAAUAUAUCACUAUUUGAUAAGGAUCGCGUCUGGGAAGACGGGCGGACGCUGGGGUCGUACCUGUCUCGCUCUGCAUUGAUCCCGCUGCUGACGGUGCUGGUGCAACAGUUGAUCCAGUCGUCGUUUCGCGCCGAGGAUCCCUCUGCGCAGAACGAGUCCAAGUAUUUAAACAUUAUCCUGCUUCGGUGCUUCUCGGCAUGCAGCCUAAAUUUACUGUACGGCGCUUGCCUGCAGAUGCUCAGCGAGGCUACAGAGGAUCUGCGCGAGCUGGAAGGCGACGUGCUCGAGACACGCUACGAGUUUGCCAAGCUGUUGAUCAAGUGUUUGUGGAAGAUCGCGAAACGUCUUGAGGAUGAUCUGUCGCAACGCAAGGUGGAGCCGCAGCAGUUAUUUGUGGAUAUCGAGAGCUUCCUGCAGACCAUCGAGCCAUUCGAGUGGCGACAGCGUGCGGAGGAUGGCGUGCCGCUGGCCGACGUGCCGUUGCGCACAGUCAAGAUCAUUCUCUCGUCCGUUGUGAACCACUUUGGCGAAGAAGCGUUGGGCAUGCUCGACAUGAUUCCUCAGCCCGAGAACAGCUACGUGUACAAGUACCUGGUCAGGAUGCUCAACUUUGCCUUUGGGGAUGGAGGGGUGGACGAGGAGGGUGAUGCGGUCGGGUCGAACGCGGGCACGCGUACGCGCACGGACGCCAAAGCGCCAUCGCAGGCGGUCAAUGAAGCUGAUACGGUCGUUGAAGCUCAGCGGAACAUUGCUCCUGAGGAUCGAGGGGUGGACAAGGCUGCGGUGGUGGACGAGGAAGGUGAUGCGGUCGGGUCGAACGCGGGCGCAGGCGCCAACGCGCCAUCGCAGGCGGUCAAUGCAGCUGAUACAGUCGAUGGAGCUCAGCAGAACAGCCAGAAUGGCCACGCGGCUGACGCGGCUGUUGACGAAGAAAGCAGUAUACGCCUCGCCGAGUUGCACGCCGAGUUGCACGAGAUUUUUAAGCGCAUCUCGGACAAGAAAUUGUCGCGACAGGGGCUUCAAGAGAUGUACGAGUUUCGGAAACGUUAUCCGUACCUGGAGAGCUAUAUCCAGUCAUUGCUGCAGACGACCGGGCCGAUGUUCCAGAGGUAUAUCAAACGCGUCUUUGCCAAUUACGCCGCGGAAGAUCCAGACGUGAUCAACGCCGCCCAACCGCCGCCUGUGUGGGUGGCAGACCACAACAGACGCGUUAGCACGUCUUGUGCAACCACCACUACUGGCGCACCAGCGACGCCUACAUCAUCGCGCUUAUCGACACCCACCGUACAAGCAGACAACUGCACAGCCAGCCCGUCGUCGUCCACACAUUCGCCGCGAUCCUCCUCCGUAAGAAGCUCAGCUACAGACGACAGACUCGCCCAACUCAGAGCAAAGUUCUCUUAG